AUCCAGAGGCUGACAGACAGCGGCCCAGCAGCGGCUGACGACAAGACGCUGGACAGCAUCGUGGACACCAAGAUUCUCAGCAGGAUCGGCAUCUUCUUAGGGCUAGUCGACCUAGAGCAGAUCAUGACCCACUGCGAUGUUACGGAUGAAAAGACUUGGGCUGGGACGCGCAGUCAGAGUCCAUCAAGCGUUCGGAUGAACGUGCUCUACCAGUUGCUGAUCGCGACCACGAGAGGCGAGGCUCUUUCGAUCCUCCAGAUGGCCCCGAGGAACCACCGCGCUAUCGGCUGGAAGCGACUCAAAGAGGAGUGCGGGCCGAAGCCUGAAGGCAGGCUCACCGCCGUGCGAGUUGGAGUGCUGAGGUUCGAAAGGAGGGCCGCCGUGACGAAGGGCAUCCGCGCGUGGGAGGUAGCGUGGAAGGAGCGGGAGCAGAGCGUCUCACUCUACGGGGAUCAGUCCGUGGAGAAGGCCAGCGGCGGCACCAAGGUCGCGGCCAUCACGAGAUGGGCCCCACACGGCGUCAAGGCGGUGAUCCGUCAAGCCAUGGGGGCGACAGGUCAAGACUACAACGUGCUCGCCCGAGUCGUCACCGACUUCAUCGCGCACUAG